CCGGGGUUGGUCCGAAGUUGGAUCUCACACCACCACCAUCUCCCACACAUAAUUGGAGUGGGCUGGGUCAUACCGUUACCUAGUUCUCCCAUCUUUCGUCCCCUUCCCCAAGACAAGACCUGUAACGUCCGCUGGCUGCAAGAGCAGCCAGAUCAUUUGGAAUGCUUCCAGCAAUCAUGAAGGCACUGGGCUUCGCCCUUAUCGUGUUUGCAUUUCCUUCGACGUUGGCGGAUCCUGCCGUGGUCCUGGAUCGCAGUGCCCGUGGCGAGCAUCUGGUUCGUCAAGACACCGAUUUGUUCCCUCCUAGCCCGACAGACACGACUACGCAACCCACUCCAACACCAACCAUAAUAUUCUCUACGAUGGCGGACUUCACGACAUGUACGUCCGCCUCCAUUACAUGGUCCGCUGGUGGUCCCAAACUCCCCAUCACCAUCACCAUCACCAACGCUGGAGUUAUUCAGAGCGAAGCGCCAUCAGGUUCUAGUACUCCCGGUAAGGGUGGGUCCAAGACUUUCUCAGAUUUCGGAACAGUCCUUGGCGGGCGGGCUGCUCCAGACGAUCAUGACUAUACGUUUGUGACCAUCGCUCAAUCAGUGAAUCCAUCGUUGGAAAACUAUACCUGGAGCACAGUAAAUGUGCGCCAAGGCUGGUAUCAAUUCAUCGCUCAAAUAGAUACCAAAUCUCCAGUUGGCAAGUCAGCACCUAUCUUCGUCAGGAACGGCACAGACACAUCAUGUCUCGGCGGUGGAUCGUCACCUUCCAACACGCAGUCCAGUCCAACUUCAACUGGUACCUCUCCGCCCACCAACACUAACACCGGCUCUCCUUCUACUGGCGCUCUUCAAUCGAAACAGUUGAAUGUAGGUGCCAUCGUGGGUGGUGUCGUGGGUGGUGUCGUGGGUGGUGUUGUUUUACUCGCACUCGUUACCCUUGCUUGCUUGUGCGUGCGUCGCAAACGCCAUGCACCAGUGGCCGCGGGUAUUCCUGGUGACAAACCCGGUGCUAGCGGCGAAGCUUCGAGGCCGGGAGUGCUGCCUUUCGGAAAAUGGGGUAAACUAGGUUCGGGUUCCUUCAAUGACAAAGACAGAGCCCCUACUGUCGGACUUGAGGGCAACACAGCGGGUGGAACCAUGGCAUCUGCUGCAAGCAGUGGGAGACCACGGUCUCGUUCUGGCAAGGGGGGAGGUUUCUUGGCCGGUGUUCUGAAACCAUCGACUUCACAGUCGCCGAGAAAAACUACCGUCCCUCCUUCAUAUAAGAAAAAACAGUACCGGCAUAAUUCUCAUACAGAGUCUAUCGGUGGGAUGAUGAGCAGCAGUGCGACAACUUCGAUGACGGGUGGCUCAGCGUUCCAUGGAACCGAUGAUGGCCAUCUCCAUUCGUACGAACGACCUGUCCCCAUGGCUCCAAUCUCUGCUGGAGGCAGUUCUACUGUAUCAUCUAUGCGUAACACCGGUAAUACGCCAGGUAUUCGGUCCCCCUUCUCUGAUCCCUCCGACAAUGAUUCGGACAGCGUUGUUUACGGACUGUACGGAACGACUCGCAACACCGGUGUGAUUCCGAUUGCCUAUGAUGGUCCCCCUAUCUCGUCAACUGCACCUACCCCUUCUCCAGUCCCAUCAUCAUACCUGUAUGAUCAUGAAUCGUCGACCGGUGCAGUCGCUGGACAUUCAUCCGACUCGGAUCCUCCCUCUCGUGGCCAUCCCGACCGGGUAUAUCCUUACACCUUCUUCCGAGACGGCCGUGAUCAACAGGAUAGAGUGAGAGCGCAGACCUUACUAGGUGGAAUGUACACCCUCCCGAACUCGCAGCAACAAUCACUGCCGGAAACACCACGAAAUGAUUCAUUUCUCACCUUCUCAUCCUCAUCGUCUAAUGGAGGUUCAAAGAAGACCCGAUCAAAAUCGUUACACGAAUCUACACUGUCGUCAUCUGAGCUAUACGACAUGAGCACACCGAGUUCACCCCAGACUCCUACUUUGUCUACUCCAACCGCGGUUCAACCAUCUCCCAGUACUCAGAGUGCUAGCCUGUCUUCCGGAAACCCUGCCAGUGGAACCUUUGGAGCCAGUACCACAAAACGAGCGGCUCGUAAACCUGUCCCUUCCUAUUCACCUGACGAUUUCGUAGGUGCACCGGUCCCAAGCGGGUCAUCUUCGGCAUUCAGUUCGCCUGCAUCUUCGCCGACCACAUCUUCACCUUUGGCUGAAGGUGUAGUAAGUGAAGGUCAACGAGAAGUUUUCAGACAGCAUGAGUUGUUGCAAAAGGAUAGCAUGGGAAGUAUGAAAGGCAUGUCAAAGAUGCAUGUUCUGAUACCUGAUAUGCCCUCUCCUCAAGGCCAUUGAUGAAUUGUGUUUUUAUGUUUUGUUAUUGAUUCUUUUUCGCACUCCUAGCUGUCACCUGCAAGUGACUUUUUUGAAUUCUAUUGAUACAGGGAUCUAAGCAUCUUUUUCUUUUCCUUUCUUUCUUGCUUAUAUCUAUCCAUUCGGCACGCAAACAUCAUUUGCAUACUGGUUUACUCUUGUUUCCGUUGGUCUGUAUGAGUAAACUGAAGCCAUAAUGUAUGUCUAUCGUUAGAGGUGUAUUGAAGUCCAAAUGAAGUCCAAAUGGGACGCGUGAAGCUUG